CCUGGCAUUGCGCACAAGUCGAAGUUUCGGGAGCGAGAUUGGAUUCGCGAGUGAAAGUGGGGCCGAAGAGGCGAAGCGCAUUUCUCUUAUUUAGAACGCAUUUCGCUUAUAUUCCGUUUACAAAUAGAAACUGCAUAAAAGAAUCAUUAUCUGUUAAUGAAGUCCCAACGGGAGUGGGACGCAUUAGAUAACUUUGACUUUCAUAGAAAGUGUGAAAAGACGCACGCAAAACGUUACAACAGUGGUAAGAAGUGAAGGAGCCUGGUUUUCCUUUCCCCAGCAUUUGCAGCCUGUGCUGGGUUGGUGGAAAAUGGGCACGCGGAUCGACUCCGUGACUGGACUUAUCGUCUCUUUGAUAUUUACAUGUCAUCUGAUUAAUGUGGCCCAGGGCUCCAAGGUAUGGGGGGAGGUGCCUCUUCCCGAGGACCUGGAGGCAGAGAAGACAGUCCUGAGGUCAAAGCGCUUCCUGGACGAUGAUGAGGACUUUGCUGCCGACGAAGCUUCUGGAGAUCUGCCCAGUGGAGAGGAGGAUGGAAGCACGCCAUGGCCAACGCUGGCCUCAGAUACGACGGUUUACUACAGAGCUCUGGUGAACUUCACUGACUCCAUAGUGUACGGUCCUGAGUUGGAUGACAUCUACUCAGCAGCCUUCCAGGAGAUCUCGGAUGCGGUGGUGGACACGUUGGAGUCAGAGUACAACAAGAUCGAUGGCAUCCAGACAGUCAGUGUGGUCCUCAUCAAGAAGAUGGUGCGUGAGGAUGGUGUGGACGUGUUCGUGGAGAUGGACGUGGGCUCCGAACACAACCUCAACCUCGAGCAGAUCCGCACCGUGCUCUACUCCACCGUCAAGGAGGGCGCCAUCGCCUCCUACGUCACAUCCGUCCAGGGCUUCCAAUUCAGACGACUCGGAGAAGUGCCCCCCGACCCCAGACCCUGCACGUCGGACGAGCACGCCUGCCGUAGCGGAGAGUGCAUCCGUCUGGAAUACCUGUGUGACAACAGGCCCGACUGCAGAGACAUGAGUGAUGAGCUGGAUUGCGAUAAUAAACGCCCCGGUGCGGCCACGCCCACCCCUCCCGCCGUCACCACCACCAUCAAGAAGGGCCCGCGGCCCCCCUCCCCGCCUGGCCCCUGCAGGGCGGACCAGGCCACCUGCCAGAACGGCGAGUGCAUCCCGAGAGACUACCUGUGUGACGGAGAGAGGGACUGCGCCGACGGCAGCGAUGAGAUCCGAUGUGGAACCCCCUCUCCCUGUGAGCCCAAUGAGUUUAAGUGUAAGAACGGCCGCUGUGCCCUGAAGCUGUGGCGCUGUGACGGGGACAACGACUGCGAGGACAACUCCGAUGAGACAGACUGCCCCACCAAGGGUCCUGGUGACACGUGUGCCCCAGAGCAGUUUGUGUGCAUCAGUGACCGUACCUGCAUCCCUGCCAGCUACCAGUGUGACGAGGAACCAGACUGCCCCGACCGCUCGGACGAGUAUGGCUGCACUCCUCCCACAGUGACCAGCCCUCCGGAAGAGUCCAUUCAGGCAGUGCGGGGGAAGACGGUGACCUUCAAGUGCACAGCUGUGGGUGUGCCCACUCCCAUUAUCACCUGGAGACUCAACUGGGGGCAUAUCCCUGUCAGUGGCAGGAUCACCAUGAUCAGUGAGAACGGCCGGGGCACCCUGAUCAUUCGCGACGUGAAGGAGGCGGACCAGGGGGCGUACACCUGCGAGGCCAUCAACGCCAAGGGCCUCGUGUUUGGCAUCCCCGACGGCGUGCUGAGCCUCACCCAGGUCCCCAACGGAGUUUCGUCAUCUUCUCUGUACUCGUUGCCAGACGACUGUCCAGCGGGCCAGUUCAGAUCGGAGGGCCGCUGCAUGUCCUGCUUCUGCGCCGGGAUCACCAAGACCUGCCAGAACACGGGCCGCUACCGCAACCAGAUCCACCUGCGCUUCACUGACGAGGACGACUUCAAAGGGGUGAAUGUAACAUAUCCCUCCAGACCAGGCACUCCUCCUCUUUCCUCCACUCAGCUCCUUAUCAACACAGACAUGGAGGAGUUCCAGCUGGUCGACCUAUCACGUCGCUUCCUCAUCCUGGACUCCUACUGGAUGCUGCCCCGACAGUUCCUGGGCAACAAGAUUGACUCCUACGGAGGCUCGUUGAAGUUCAAGGUGCGCUACACGCUGGCACGGGGCCUGUCUGAGCCUGAGGAGAAGCCUGACGUGGUGCUGGUGGGGAGCGGGCGCAGGCUGGUCUAUCGCCGGGGCAGGCCCACCCCCGCCAGGCAGGUCAACCAGAAGGACAUCCAGUUCACUGAGGAGAACUGGCAGCACUCUAACGGGCAGCAGGUGAGCCGCGAGGAGCUCAUGAUGACGCUGGCCAACCUGGAGAACAUCAGCAUCCGCACCGUCUACGACAGUCACAUGGUCAGCGUGGCGCUCAGCGACGUCGUCAUGGACACCACCACCGUGGAGUACAGUAUCCAGGGGCCUGCCAAGGGCGUGGAGGAGUGCAGGUGCCCAGCGGGCUACUCUGGCCUGUCCUGUGAGAUGUGUACCUCUGGGUUUGAGCGCGUACCGGGCGGAGCCUACCUGGGCACGUGUGCCGGCUGUAACUGUAACGGACACGCCAGCGCCUGUGACCCAAUCAGCGGACACUGUUUGAGUUGCCAGCACAACACAGAAGGGCCUCAGUGUGACAAAUGUCGACCUGGCUAUUUUGGUGACCCCAGACGAGGUCGUCCUGACGACUGCAAGCCCUGCCCCUGCCCAUACACUGAGACGUCCCGCCGGUUCUCGGACACCUGCUUCCUGGACCAUGACUCUCAAGCUACAUGCGACGCCUGUAAACCAGGCUACACAGGACGCCGCUGUGAAAAGUGUGCCUCUGGUUACCAGGGCAACCCCCUGCAGCCCAACGGCAAAUGUGUUGUAAUCCAGAAUGGACAGUGUGAUAACAAAGGCACCAUCAACUCCAACAGCAGACCGUGCAGCUGCAAGGCCAACGUGGUGGGGGCUCAGUGUGAUGAGUGUAAGAGUGGCUCCUUCCACCUGUCCCAGGCCAACCCAGACGGCUGUCUCCAGUGUUUCUGCAUGGGCGUCACCAAGCAGUGUGCCAGCUCAUCCUGGAGCAGGGACCAGGUCCGUGGGGGAGUGAACGGGCAGCUGUUCACCCUGUCCAACAGUGGCAACACCAGGACCAUCACAGAGGGCAUCUCCCAGAGGGGCACCCUGGAGGUGCUCUACCGCUCCUUCACUUCCGUCCCCAGUGACAUCUACUACUGGGUCCUGCCUGAGAACUUCAGAGGAGACAAGGUGACUGCGUACGGCGGCGAGCUACGCUACACCGUGAAAUACGAGCCACGGCAACGCUCGCUGGUGAUUGACGGACAGCCAGAUGUGGUUCUCCAAGGCAACGGCAUCUCCCUGGAGCACUUCUCUCAGACCAAGCCCCUUCCCCGUGUCCCGGCCACCAUCACAGUGUCCUUCAGAGAGUCGGCGUGGCGGCGCGCCGACGGACAGCCCGCUACUCGUGAGCACCUUCUCAUGGCCUUGGCGGAUAUAACAGUGUUCAUGAUCAGAGCCACCUAUGCAGACAACAUGGCUGAGAGCAGUCUGUCAGACAUCAGGAUGGACAUCGCAGUGCCUCACUCCACCGGUAACGAGAGAGCUCUGGCUGUGGAGGAGUGUGCCUGUCCUCAGGGCUACCGAGGGCCGUCCUGUCAGGAGUGUGAUGUGGGAUUCACCCGCACAGGGUCAGGUCUCUACCUGGGCACGUGUGAGAGGUGUGACUGCAACGGACAUGCCACUGGCUGUGACCCAGACACUGGAGACUGUCUGCAAUGUCUCCAUAACACUGCCGGGCCCAGGUGUGACCGCUGUCUGCCUGGUUACUAUGGCAGCCCUGCCAGGGGAGAUUCUCAGACCUGCCAGCCGUGCCCCUGUCCUGGGACCUCACCCAGCAACCAGUUCUCCCAGUCCUGCCACGUGGACCCAGAUGGACAGCCCACCUGUGAUAACUGUCCCACUGGAUUCUCAGGGCGGCGCUGUGAGAAAUGUGCACCAGGUUACACUGGCAACCCCCAACUAGGACAGCGGUGUUCCAACAACAAGGUUGAUGACUGCUACACGUGUGACGAGAGAGGAGCCCAUAGCGGAGUGUGUGUUUCAGGACAGUGUCGCUGCAAGAUGAACGUGGAAGGCUCGACUUGUUCCAACUGUAAGUCCGGCUUUUUCCACCUGAGCUCUGCCAACAGAGACGGCUGCCUGUCCUGCUUCUGCAUGGGCGUCACCCAGCAAUGCUCCAGCUCCACCUACUACAGAGACCUGGUGUCCUCAGCCUUUGCUCCAGGGAACUUCCAGGGCUUUGCCCUGGUCAACCGCCAGCGCACCAACCGCAUCACCACUGGCUUUACCGUGGAGGUGUCCACCGACGGCACCCAGCUCUCCUACAGCAACUUUGACUACCUGGGCCAGGAGCCCCACUAUUGGCAGCUGCCUAGGGCCUACCAGGGAGACAAGAAAGAGCCUUUCUAUGCUCGAAUGAGAAGGGCUCCCCAGAGCCCAUCGUCCUCCAUGCCAGAGGAGCAGCUGAGGAAGGAUGCCUCCGUCUGGAGCCUCAUGAGUCACAACACCAGGGCUAAGAGAGCUAGCCAGGCUCAAGUCAGAAAGCUGGAUGAUGAAGUCUGGGCCAUCAUCUCCAACUUUUCCGAUGGCCAUGGUCCCUUCACCCUUUCUUCCUCCUCAUCCUCCUCCUCAUCUUCCUCCUCCUCCUCUGGGGUGCCCAAUCCGUCCUCCAGAUGGAAUCUGCGCAAUCUGACCCCUCCCUCCCCUCCGUCUGCUAUCUUAUCCUCUGUUAAGACAACCAGGCCCCGCCCCCCCUCCCUGGGCCCUGCCCCCCUCCAGCAGAGUCAACAGAGGCACACCAAGAACACAGUGAGCCCGCCUAGGGGCCCCAGACCUGCAGAUAACAGCAAGUACGCUCUGGUCUACAAAGGUUUCAGCUCCCAGCCGGACGAUGUUCUCUACUGGCAGCUCCCAGCGCAGUUUACAGGGGAUAAGGUGGGCUCGUACGGUGGGAAGCUCAAGUACACCAUCUCCUACGUUCCUACGCCGGGCGCACGAGGAUCCACGGUGGACGAUGCCAACGUGCAGAUCAUCGGAAAUGACAUCACGCUGGUCGCCAUUCUACCGUGGCCCAGGACACUGGGCACCAGACAGUCUAAUUCGUUUGAGGUGAACUUCAGAGAGGAACUCUGGAGUCGUCCUGACGGCAUGCCUGCCACACGGGAGCACCUGAUGAUGGUCCUCGCCGACCUGGACGACAUCCUGAUCUCGGCCUCCUACUACACAGACAUGCGCUCCUCCUCUAUCUCGGACGUCAGCAUGGAGGUGGCGGUACCCAACUACACCGGCCUGGCACAGGCCCUGGAGGUGGAGCAGUGUCGCUGCCUGCCCGGGUACCAGGGGCUCUCCUGCCAGGACUGUGCCCCUGGGUACACCCGCACUGGAGGUGGCCUGUACCUGGGACACUGUGAGCUGUGCGAAUGCAACGGUCACUCAGACUCCUGCCACCCUGAGUCUGGGAUCUGCACGAGCUGCUUACACAACACCAGGGGAGAGCUCUGUGAGCAGUGUGCUCCUGGCUUCUUUGGUGACCCCACCGCUGGCACCCCUGAGGACUGCCAGCCCUGCGCAUGCCCACACACCGACCCUGACAACCAGUUCUCUCCCACCUGUGAGAGUUUGGGUAACGGGGGCUACCAGUGCACAGCCUGCCAGCCUGGCUACACAGGCCAGUAUUGUGAGCGCUGUGCUGCCGGAUAUGUUGGCAACCCACAGGAGAGGGUGAAGUGUCGUCCAGUUAGCGACACUGCGGCCUCGCUGGUGGUGAAGGUGUACCCAGAGAGGGUCCAGGUGGCCCAGGGAGGCUCGGUCACCCUCAGGUGCCAGGUGUCUGGCUCCCCUCCUCAUUACUACCAGUGGACCAGAGAGGACGGGCGCCCUGUGUCCCACAGCGCGGACACACACAGACAUGGAGAGGAGCUGUACUUCCCCAGUGUCCAGCCCAGCGAUGCAGGCGUCUACAUCUGUAUCUGCAGGGACCAGCGGUACACCAACACGAGCCACGCUGAGAUCAUUGUCACAACUGCGUCGUCCAAACCCAUCGAGGUGUUCAUUGAGGAGCCUAAAGCCCAGAGUGUGACCGUGGGCUCAACAGUCAGCUUCAUCUGCACAGCCAAGAGCAAGUCCCCAGCCUACACCCUGGUCUGGACUCGCCAGGGCAAUGGCAAGCUGCCCAACCGGGCCAUGGACUUCAACGGCAUCCUCACCAUUCAGAAUGUGCAGCCUGAGGACGCAGGCAUCUACAUGUGCACGGGCUCCAACAUGUUCGCCAUGGACGAGGGCACGGCCGUCCUCUACGUGCCAGAGGCCUCACAGACUCAGAUGUUUUACACAGCCUAUGAAAUGUUUGAAGGACAUAGAACGCCGUCAGAGGGUGCUCAGCCAGUGGCCACAGUCACCCCCCCUGUGUUGACUGUUCAGCUUGGUGGCCAAGCAGUGUUCCGCUGUACUGUCACAGGGAACCCCACUCCUGCCAUUGAGUGGAUCGGAGGUCCCGGGAACAGGUUGAGCCCCAACGCUGUGGUGCGUGGAGGAGUCCUCACCUUCACCAACGUGGAGCGCUCUGACGAGGGCGCGUACACCUGCAAGGCCCUGAACACGCUCGGAGAGCACACGGCCCGGGCCUUCCUCUACCUGCAGAGUACAUCUGUUCCUACAGGUGCCAGUCUGCCCCAGGUCCAGGUGAGCCCCCAGAGGGUGGACAUCCAUGAAGGGGAGACCCUGAGGCUGUACUGCAGGGCAGUAGGCGCACCCAGCCCCGCCCUCACCUGGAGGAAACAGGGAGGAACGCUCCCCCCGCAGGCCAUUCCUUCUCACGGUUUCCAUCAGUUUAAAAGCAACAGUCUCGAUGUGUUACAGAGACGUAUUGAGGAGCUGCAGACCCGUAUGGAGCGCACGGACAUUGGCACACUGCUCAUCCCCGACAUCAAGAUGGCCGAUGGCGGCGCCUACCUCUGCGUCGGCACCAACUCCAUUGGCUCGUCCGAGGCUCGCAUCGAGGUGACGGUGACCAAAGCGGACGGCAUCUCCUCGCCCAUCUCCAUCCAGCCCUCCAUCGCUGACGUGCAGGAGGGCCACAGUCUGGACCUCAACUGCUUUGUCCCUGGAAACCCUCCCCCACCUGUCACCUGGAGGAGAGCCAGCGGCCUGCUGUCCUCCAAUCACCAGGUCCUGGGCAGCCAGCUGCGUAUCCUGCAGGCCCGGGUGGAGGACUCUGGAGAGUACAUCUGCAGGGUGUCCAGCAACCCUGGCUCUCCUCUCUCUCCUGUCCGCCAGGCCUCCGUCUCGGUCUCCGUCACCUCCUCCUCCUCACGUCUGCAGACCCCCAUCAUCUCCAUCGAGCCCCACAGUGCCGCUGUGCGCCAGGGGGACUCGGCCAGCUUCAGGUGCAGGGUCUACAGUGGAGCCCAGCCGGUCCGGUUGGAGUGGAAACACUCCACCAACCAGCCCCUGCCGGACAAUGUCAAGGUCGGCCCUGACGGCUCAGUCAUCACCAUCGCCAAUGCCCGCCCUAGCAACAAGGGCACCUACCGCUGUGUGGCUAGCAACCUGUUUGGCAUCACUCAGAGCAUAGUGUCCUUGAUUGUCAAAGAGUCUCCAGUGGCGUCGGUCACUCCCCUGGGGCCUGUGAAAGUCCGGCUGGGGGAACCCAUCAACCUGGAGUGCCAGGCCUCCGGAGAGCCACGCCCAUCUGUCACCUGGCACCGCCUGGACAGCAACCGGAAGACCAUGCUGAGCAGCCCUGUCCCCAUGGAGUCCAACGCCGUCAUGCAGGUCCUGGUGGCCAGGCCCGAGGACAGCGGCACCUACGUGUGCACGGCACGCAACAACGAGGGCACCUCAGAGACCAGAGUGGAGGUGCUGGUGGAGGGGGGCCCCCUGCUGCCCUCGGCACCCAGAGCCUCAGUGCCAGAGCCCCUGAUGGUGGUAGUGGCUGACCAGACGGCCACCCUGCGCUGCGCUGCCCACGGCUUCCCCCAGCCCAAGAUCACCUGGUCCAAGCUGCGAGCCCCACUGCCCUGGACCCACCAGAUAGUGGACAACCAGCUGGUCAUCCCCAACGUGAUGCGGCAGGACUCUGGGGAGUACAUCUGCAAUGCCACCAACAGCCUGGGCACCAGCCAGGUCACCAUCAUGCUGGAGGUGGACACCCCUCCCUAUGCCACCUCCCUGCCCGAUGAUGUGGCUGUGCGUGUGGGGGAGGUGAUCCGCCUGCAGUGCCUGGCCCAUGGCACCCCACCCCUGACCUACCAGUGGUCCAAGCUGAACGGCACCCUGCCCCGCAGGGCUGAGCUACAGGGGGGGGAUCUCCAGAUUAAUCUGGCAACCGCCGAGGACGCUGGCUCCUACAAGUGUGUCGCCUCAAACAAAGUGGGCAGGAGUGAGACUGUGGCUAAAGUCACUGUCAGAUCCCCCCUGGCAGUACGCGUGUCCCCCCAGGUGGAGGUCAAGGCUCUGGGCAGUGCUGUGGAGUUCACCUGCUCAGCUGCGGGCGGCUUGGAGACCACCGUCGAGUGGCUGAAGGAGGGUGGCGCCCUGCCACCCAACCACCAUGUCAAAGAGGGGGUCCUGAGGAUUGAGAACCUGGAGCAGAGCAACGAGGGGGUGUACAUCUGCAGAGCCACCAGCGUGCAUGGCCAGGCCCAGGACACAGCCAAGCUCACCAUCCAAGCCCUGCCCAAGGUCAUGAUCAACGUGCGGACGUCGGUCCAGAUGGUGAUGGUGGGGAACUCGGUGGAGUUUGAGUGCCAGGCCAUCGGCGAGCCCCAGCCCACCGUGCGCUGGAGCAAGGUGGGCAGCUCCCUGCCCGCCCACGUGGUGGUGAAGGGGGGCAUGCUGAGGAUCGAGCUGGUCAAGGAGGAGGACGCCGGCCAGUACCGCUGCACCGCCACCAACGAUGUGGGCUCUGUCCAGUCUCAGGUGGACCUGCGUGUUCAGUCCCUACCCCAGAUUGCAGGCCUGCCAGAGACCAAGGAGGUGACAGUGGGCUCUGACGCUGUCCUGCCCUGUGUGGCCACAGGAUACCCCGAACCAGACAUCAAAUGGUCCAAGCUGCACGGAGAACUCCCCCCCAAGUGUGGGAACGGCAGCGGCAGCAUCCUGACGGUUCCCAAGGUAACCCACGAGGAUUCUGGGACGUACGUGUGCGCCGCCAUCAACAAGCAGGGCCGGGUGGAAGCCUUCACCAACCUCACGGUGCACGAGAGAGUGAUGCCUUACUUCACCCAGGAGCCCCUGUCGUACCUCACCCUGCCCACCAUCAAGAACUCCUACAAGGCCUUCAGCAUUAAGAUUACCUUCAGACCGGACAACGUGGAUGGUCUCAUACUGUAUGCGGGGAUGAUCAUCUAUAACGGACAGAGGAGGACCACAGGAGCAGACUUCAUCUCUCUGGGACUGGUGGGAGGGCGGCCAGAGUUCAGGUUUGAUGUGGGCUCAGGCAUGGCCACUAUCCGCUACCCCACCCCUAUCAAGCUGGGUGAGUUCCACACAGUGGAGCUGUACCGGAACCUCACCCAGGGAAGCAUCAUAGUGGACGGAGGCACACCUGUCAACGGCAGCUCCCAGGGCAAGUUCCAGGGUCUGGACCUGAAUGAGGAGCUGCAUGUGGGCGGGUACCCCAACUACACCCAGCUGGCCAAGACUGCUGACAUCAAGACUGGCUUUGUUGGCUGUAUUCGCCAGCUGAUCAUCCAGGGGGAGGAGGUCAUCUUCAAAGACCUGGAUCGUAGCUCCACAGGCGUGUCCAACUGUCCCACCUGCAAGGACCGGCCCUGUCAGAACGCUGGUGUGUGUGUGGACUCAGAGGCCAGCCUGUACCAGUGUAAAUGUCCCAGAUCCUUCACAGGCAGCAACUGCCAGCACCACACCUCCGUCCACUGCCAUGCAGAGGCCUGUGGACCAGAUGCCACCUGCAUCACCCGGCCCUCUGGGAUGGGCUAUGACUGCCGCUGUCACCUGGGCAAGUCUGGGAACAAAUGCAUGGAUGGAGAGCUGGUGACAACGCCUCUGUUUGACGGUGAUAAGUCGUACAUCGCCUAUCCUCCCCUGACCAACGUCCACGACGACCUGCGCAUCGUGCUGGAGUUCAAGCCCCUGGACCUGGACGGCCUGAUGUUCUUCAGUGGAGACAGGAAGAUGAAGGUAGAAGACUUUGUGGCUGUUUCCAUGGUGGACGGACAUGUGGAGUUCCGCUACGAGCUGGGCACAGGGCAAGCCAUCAUGCGUAGCAUGGAGCCUGUUUCCCUGGGCCAGUGGCACCGCGUGACAGCAGAGCGUAUUAAGAAGGAGGGUUACCUGAAGGUGGACCAGGGUCCUGAGCAGAGACGCAGCUCCCCAGGGAAGGCCCAGGGCCUCAACGUCCACACCCCCAUGUUCCUGGGAGGGGUCCCCAGCAUGGACAUCCUGCCCAAGCCGGCCAACAUCAGCAUGCUGUUUGAUGGUUGCAUAGGAGAGGUGUCUAUCAAUGGUAAGAAGGUGGACCUGUCCUACAGCUUCACAGAGAGCCAAGCCAUCAGCCAGUGUGUGGACGCCAGCCCAUGUGAGCGGCGGCCAUGUCUGAACGGAGGCAGCUGCCUGUCCAGCCCAGAGUAUGAGUACCAGUGUCUCUGUAUGGACGGCUUUGAGGGUGAGCGCUGUGAGGUAGUCAGGGACGUGUGUCUGCGGGACUCUCAGUGUCUGAACGGUGGCAAGUGUGUCGGUGGCCAGUGUGAGUGUGCUGCCAACUUCAAGGGACCCCUCUGUGUGGAACGGCAGGUGGCCAGCUUCUCCGAGGCCCUGUGGAGUUUGGAGGGUAGCGGGGCCAAUGAUGCCCCCUCUCCGUAUGCAGCUGGUUUCCAAGGCAACGGCUACCUGGAUCUUCCUAGGUCUGUUUUCCCCAGAAGCUCCCAUGACUCUCCAGAGACUAUUCAGCUGGAGGUUCACACCACCUCCCCAGAAGGCCUGAUCCUGUGGCAUGGAGUGGAGACCAAUGGCCCGCGCCAUGUUCGCAGGAUGCAUGCUAGUAAAAAGGAACUGGGAGAGCAAGGAAAGGGCAAGGACUUCAUUAGCCUCGGUCUGCAAAACGGACACCUCGUCUUCAGCUACCAGCUGGGCAGUGGGGAGGCAGAGAUCAUCUCCAAGGAGGUCAUCAACGAUGGCCAGUGGCACAAGAUCACAGCAGUCAGAACCGGUAAAGAUGGCUACAUCCAGGUAGAUGGAGGAGGCAUUAAAUCUGGACAGUCAAAAGGCAGGAGCCUGAUGGUGAACACCAAAGGCAGCAUAUACCUGGGGGGAGCCCCAAACAUGGCAGUUCUGACAGGAGGAAAGUUCUCCUCUGGGGUGUCAGGGUGUGUGAGGAACCUGUCUCUGAUGAACGGACAGCCAGGACAGCAGCCCAGCAGGACAGUGGACCUGCAGCUCCACGCCACCACCGGCAAAAACGUCAAGCACUGCUCCUCAUAGACAGCAGCCUUCCCACACACACACACACCUACCCAGUGACUAUGGAGAUAUGAUACCAUCACACACAGACACAUUCACACACCCAACCAGCCACUCUCCGACACACAUGCGGCCUGACUGAAAUUGGUGCUUUGCUGCUACCAAAAGAUAAUCACAAAACAAAAGGAUACUCUGAGUGCAUAAAACCAAAAAAAGAGAGAAAAAUUAAUUGAUAUUAACAAGUCUUCUCUUCCUCUGUUGUAUUCUCGAUGAAGGACUAUUAACACAGGAGAUCCAGAACAGUUUACAUACUCCCUGCAGUAGCUUUAGCUUUGAGAAGAGAGUAAAACGCUAGGCCUUCUACGAUGGGUCAGAUCCUAUGGAGAUGGAAAUGUUUUUACAGCACUGAAUUUUAAUUUAUAUACAUAUACAUAUAUAUUAUAUAUUUGUGGGGGAAAACAUGCGAACUAACCAUAACUGCUCUUCUAUUUUCCUAGAGUUGAUUCUAGGUUCUAAUAUUGUGUGUCUCAGGCUUUUGAGCCUAACUGUGUUGAUACUUGAAGAAGCGAAGGCCUUCUUUCUUCACCUGUUGUGUAGCCGUAGGGGCGGGCAUGCUCACAGUAUAGCAAACCUUUGGGAGAGGGAGUUCACCACGUCAUGGCCGUGCAGCAUCGAGUCACUGCUCACGUGAAGACAGGAUUCGAAACAAUACUAAACUACAGCAGCAACUGUUUGGAUUGCUGAUGCUUUCUUCUGUUCCAAGCCAUUUUUAAAGCUCAAAUCACUUGCCUUCCGUGCAUGGUUGCCUGUUUCAUGUCUGUAUUUGUUUUUAUACAAAAUAUUGGUGCUAAUGUCAGACACACAAAUACAUCACAUGAUCAUUUGUCUGUUUCAUUUUAUUCAUGUUUAGCAGAAAGGUUUUGGGGAUAGACAUAUAGUAGGAUAAGUGGCUGUAAGGUAUUUAAAGAGAAGUUAAAUAUGUGUCGCCAGGGGGAAAAAAAAUUCUGUUGUGCAUGAGAUUUGACGUAGGUUUUAGCAUAAAUAUUUCUUCCAAAUUUGAUGUAUUUUUCUGUCUCCUCCUGUCUCCUCCAUAGUCCUCCUAAUUAGAUUGAGUAGAUCUCAAACGACAUGACUGAGGUGCCGAUAAUGGGUGGAAGUGUAGUUAAUGUUUUUAUUAUGAUCAACUGUUGAAAAGACUUUCCCCAGAAUACUAGACAUCUGCCAGUCAGACACAUUGUGUGUUUGUGUUGGUAUAAAGUAUGUGUUGGUAGGCUGUGCAUGUGCAGUAUUGCUUCGGUAGACUCUACCCCCAGUCUUUUCCAGAUUUUCUUUCAAACUCUUAGUGAAGUCAGAAAGUGUGUAGCGGUGUUUAUGUGUUGUACGUGUGUGUGUUAGUGUAUUAAAACACAGUAUGUGUGUUCAUUGUGUGUAUGUCAUCAAAAGCCCUAAAGGAGGGUCAAGCCAAAUCCUCAGCAGAACUGCCUCAUAAUGUUCCUCAUUUUCAGGUUCUGUAGCCAUAGAAACUUCCAGAUAUAUGUUUUCAAACUGAGGAAAUGGCUGUAAUAGUAUAUCUUGAGGUUGAUGCAUGUGCAGUAAGCAGUAGACACUAGAGACACACAGUAGACCUCGGAAGAGUUCAGUAGAGUGCAGUCGAAGCCUCCUGCAGGUGCUGAGACAAGCAGUGUAACUCCCAUAAGCAUGCUCGCCCACGAUGGUUGACCACACAACCAAACCAUAAUGGCAAGCUCACUACGGGGCUCACAAACCUUUUCACUUUUUGUACGGUUGAGAUUCUGUAUGUUUAUUAAUAUUCUAAAAAUGAGCACUAUCAUUUCACUUAAAGUUGCUUCAUUUUUAUUUAUUUUUAACGUUUUUUUUCCCACUGCAGUUGUUUUCAGGCUUACCUUACCUAAAAGCUUCCCUUUUCUCUUUGGUUCUUGUGUUUUGCCUCCCCAUACUCCCUGCCUGUAUAAUCUUACCUAAAAGCUUCCCUUUUCUCUUUGGUUCUUGUGUUUUGCCUCCCCAUACUCCCUGCCUGUAUAAUCUUACCUAAAAGCUUCCCUUUCUCUUUGGUUCUUGUGUUUUGCCUCCCCAUACUCCCUGCCUGUAUAAUCUUACCUAAAAGCUUCCCUUUCUCUUUGGUUAUUGUGUUUUGCCUCCCCAUACUCCCUGCCUGUAUAAUCCAUCCCCCUAUGUUGGAUUAGUAAAAAAAAACCUUGCCCCCCCCCCCCCCCCCCCAGAGAGCCUCAGAGACGCCUUCUGGGAGUUCCCAUGUUCCCUGAUGUCAGGAGAAUGUCCUGUGUACCCAAGCUGACUGGAUGGUUCCAUCUGUAGACUUUUACAGUGGAGAUUUUCCAAGGCCUAGAUUGUACAAACAAUGCUUUGACUGACCUUAUUCAUGAGGACAGGUAACACUGGGAUUGUUGCAGUGUGUAUAGCCAAGCUAGUUCGGAGUCAUCAACAACUACGCUACAGAAAGUAGAAAUACAAAAAAAAAGAUCAAAAGUGAUCAAAAUAUUGAAAGCAUUUAAGAUGCUCUAAAAUCUGAGUUGUUCAAGUUUGUUUAUGGAGCUAUCUUAUAAAUGAUGGAAAGUACACAUUUUUGAAAUUGUUAAUAUUGUGUAUGUAUGACAAAAGGCAAAAUGUAAAGAUGGACUGUCAGAGUUGAGUCAGUAAUGCUUACCUACAACACUAAAUGAAAUGAUGAUCUACUAUUGUUUUUGACUGUACCAUUUCCAGAGUUGGGUGAACUCUCCCCCUCCCUCAGUGUUUCUUAAAUAAAACAAAAUUCAUGUGCUAUU